AUGAAUUCCCAGCUAAACAAUACAAACGAAAACCAGGACCAGGUGUUUCUGGAAACGGAAACGUUCCGCCCAGUGUUUUUUGAUCUGUCUUCUAAGCGCAACUCUUCCGCAGCGGCCGUUGACCCAUCGAAAAGAGCUCGGCUUGACGCCUCUGUCAUAGCCCCCGAGGAGGCGCCCCCUGAUCUGCUGGUUUCUCCAUCGUCUGCCCCUGUUUCCGAUUCUGCACUUGCCUCGCAGAACACAGUGGGACUGAACGCCUCCUCGUCGCUCUUGAAGCACCACCCACUGCAUAUUCACCGCCGCCACCUUCUUCUUCAGCAUCAACUUCUCAAUAGCCAACCGAGCUCACCCACCUCCGAUUCAGAUGCGAGCUCAAACUCCAUCAAAGAAAAAACUUCUGAUUCAACAACGACAGCAGGUUCCCAAUUCACAACCUCUCUGAAGGGAAAGACCUAUCCUGGUAGAGUACCUGGUCGCCGUUCUUCUUUAAAGAAGUCCGUGCGUUUGCUGCCCUCUGUCAUGGCCCAAGCCUCCUCUGCAACAAACAGAGCGCCAAAGCUUUUUAGACGCUUCCGCUCGCGUUCAUUACCUAUAAUCAACUACACAUCUCGCUCACACUUGUUCCAGCAUCAUAUGAUUCCUGUUCGCCUAAACCAGGCAGCUGGGCCAACGAGCUUCCAUCCUUCCAAUACCUCUGCAUUCCAACCCACAAGACCUUCAUACCCCCAUCAACAUCAUGGCCAUCAUGUCCACAGGCCCAUAAGUUCCACCCCAUCCCUUCCCCCUAUUAAUCUUCAAUCAUUGAAAGAGAUUGACUUGCACGAAAUCUUAAAGAAUCCGCAGUUGAGACAUGAUAUUCUUUUUGACCCGCAAUUACAGUUCAGGCCCAAUUUAGAUGGCGAAAGAGGGCGCAGAAAGAAGACUAUAAUGGAAAAAUACUGGGCUGAAAUUGAAUCUGAAUGCCGCCAGUUUUUCUCGUCUCCUCUGGCUCCACCUAAAGUAUCGAGAUUGCCUGUGUUAUUCACCACCUUGAGAGAUAUUUUAUUGUCUCUACUCCCUGUCAAAGACAGAGAUCCAGUGAAUGAAAUAAUGGAUAUUGACUUGCUCGUUCAACAGUUGGCACAUGGUUCGUUUGAUUUUGUGGCCAUGGCUAGGUGGUUAGGCGAAGUGUUCAAAUCUCACUGUGCUCCAAUGAGAGAUCAAUGGGUUAGUGAUAUGAUAUCCAAGUUUGAACAAGCCUAUGUCGAAAACUCUGCUGUCAAACUAGUGCAUGGAUUAAGAAGCGUCUUCUCCAUCUUGGAAGCCAUGAAGCUAGAUGUUGCUAAUCACCAAAUUAGGAUAUUAAGACCAGUCUUAAUUGAAACUGCUGUGGACUUUGAAAAGGACUAUUUCAAUCAGUUGAUAAAUCAUUGCAAAAUCGAUAUCUCUGACUCUUUGAAAUGGUUUUAUAGAAACUUCCACAGAAAAAUGAAUUUGUCGAACCAGUUUUCAGAUGUCAAGGGUGAAAGUGAAAUGUUGAAAAUCAUCAGUACUUCCUCAAUCAUUGAUUUACUCUCUUGCAGGAACAUGGCGACUGAAUUUCCUUCAACUAUGGCUUUUGACCACACUCGUUUAGUCUUAUUAAGAGCUGACGUCAGACAAUUGGUAUGUGUUCAAUUAUGUGUUGUUUUGUUUAAGCAAGUGCUUAUGAAUUAUGCUCCAGCUUCUUCUUACAGACAAAUAUGCUCGAAACCUGAUUAUCUCACAAAAGUCCAAGAAGAAAUCUUGGCGAUCGUCACUGAUGACAACGGAAACGUGAAAUGGACGCGCAACGUUCUGGCCCUCGCUUUGCAGAUUGUCAAGAAAGUGGUGACUAAUCCUAUAACUGGUGAGCAAGUUGUUCACAACUUACCAACCCCAUUGAUUACUUUUAGUAACAAUUGGCUAAUAAAACAAAUUCAACCCAGCUCUGACAUUUAUGGUUUGAUGGAGGAAAAGAUUUUCAAGGAGUUGUUACAUGAAAUCGUGAAUGGACCUAAUUUCCACAGCCCUAUCUCGUCCAUAUCGACUGACCCUAAAGCAAGCACGGUUCCAACCUACAGAAGAUCGGACACAGAAAUGUCUAGCAUAGCCAAUCGUAUUUCCACACUUUCAAAGUUCCACUGGAGUGUAUUUGGAGACUACUAUACUGACUACCUCAAAGCAAACCAAGGCAACAAAUGA